AUAGGUGGUAAGGGGACACCGCGACGGAAGGUCGUAAAAAAGGUGCCAAUAAGCGCGCAAGAUGACAAGAAGCUUCAAGCUGCUUUGAAAAAACUCAAUGUACAACCAAUUAAUGGUAUUGAAGAAGUAAACAUGUUCCAAGAGGAUGGCAACGUUUUACAUUUCACCGCCCCUCGCGUCCAUGGCGCUUUAUCAUCAAACACCCUCGCCGUCUACGGACAUGCCCAGCCUAAGGAGCUGACUGAGCUUGUCCCUGGCAUCUUAAACCAACUUGGACCUGACUCUCUUGCAUCUCUCCGGAAACUUGCUGAAUCGUACCAGGCAUUACAAGGACAAAAUGCUAACGGCAAGGCGCCUGCACGGGCUGAGGAUGAUGAUGACGACGACGUUCCAGACUUAAUCGAGAACUUCGACGCUCCAGCACUGGCUGCAGAGUCGAAGGGUAAAGGCGUUGACACCUUGGAGGAUCUGAACUGA